UAAGAGUUUAUCACAAGUUUUCAAUGAUUUAAAGCUAUUUUUAUCUAUAUUAGAAAAGACAAACAGUGCCAUUCGUUAAAAUGCAGACUAUGGAUGUGGAUAGUGAUGAAGAACAGCAGCUAAACGAUAUAGCGCAGCUAAAUGCCGCUCUAGCACAAGACGACGAGCCUUCUAUCCUCCUAGGCUCGUUAAGCGGCAGCGUAAGCUCACUACACUCUCGGUCCAUUCUCAGCACUUCUACUAACACCGCCGCUCAGGAACAUGCAAGAAUCGACUCUGCUUUAGCCCUUAACAAGCUUCUAGACGAAAAACUACGAAGACUGGAGUCAGUGCUCGUUGGCCGCUUACAUGAGUGCAGACAGAGCUUAAAUGACCUUCAAAAGCUAGCAGUUCCUACAGAGAAAGAUCGGCAAGAAACGUUCCGCUACAUAAACUGCGGUAAGCCAUAUUUUAAGGACAAAUCAAAUUUUCCAGCUCCCGAUAAUGAAGAUACUAUAAUUAUGAAAAAAAGCAACAUGUACGACUUUUCUGAGAUCACUUCAGUUCCUGGCUGGACUGCGAAAGACAAAGUAAGUUUGAAUAAACUUCUUCUUGAAAUGUCAAUUGAUUUUAAAAAGAGAGAGUUGAAUUCAAAGAUUGCACAGCUGAAACGCGAGAACAAAGAGAAAUGGUCAAGGAAACUAGAAAGACAAGUAGAUGCUAUAAACAAAGAGAUCAGUGCUUUAGGAAAAAAGACUUUAAAAGAAUUAGCAUUGCCGAUAGACCAGGAGUAUGACUGGGAAAUAGUUGCAAAUAAAUUAAAUAAAAGACACAGUGCUGCAGAGUACAGAAUACUAUGGAAAGAAUUUUUGCACCCUACCAUCAAUAAAGACCCUUGGAAACUUGAAGAACAUGCCCGCUUUCAAGAUAUAGUAACCAAGUACAACUUUCAAGACUGGGCUGCCAUCGCUAAAGAACUGAACACCGGCAGAACAGCAUACCAAGUCUUUGUUUACUACAGAACUAAUAUGAGCAACACAUCCUGCGGUAAAAAGUGGACUAAGGAAGAGGAACAGUUUCUUCAGAGAUUGAUUGAAUAUUAUAAAGAAGAAGAUUACAUACCCUGGGGCAGAGUAGCUUCAUCUAUGGAGAACAGGACUAAGAUUCAAAUUUACAACAAGUAUUUCAGGCUUGUUGAGAAGAGGAAAGGCAGAUUCCUACCAGAAGAAGAUGCUGUUAUAUUGACAUGUUUUGACAAGUUUGGACCAAACUUCAAGAAAAUGUCAGAGUAUCUACCAGGCCGUUCAGCCACUCAGAUACGUGUGCGAUACCAAGUUUUAGCUAAGAAGAGGAUCUCCGCUGUCUGGACGGUUCAGGAAGAUCGGCAGCUGCUUCAACUGAUGGCGAACGAGGAAUGUCUGACCAACUACUCCAGUGUUACCAAGCACUUCCCUGAUAAAACCCGAGUGCAUUUAAGAGCUAGAUAUAUUACCUUAUUAAAAUGGAUGAAAAGACAUCCAAACUUGUCACUUGAAAACGCACCACGAAGAGGUGCUCGGCGCCUUGGCCACGGACUCGCCACUGACAACCUAAACAAAGCCACUGAAGUUCUAAAGAAGAGAAUAGAAACAGAAAUCGAUAAUAGAAAAAGCAAAAGGAUCACCAGAGAAUCACCACUGGAAAUCAUAGAAGAUGCCAUUAUAGCCAAUCUUUUAACUGAACAUGUCAAACAAGAGGAGGAAAAAAAACUACAUGAAAUAUAUGAUGAAGAUGAAAUAUUUGUUCUAGAUUCUAAUGCUGUAGUAUCAGCAAUUAAUCUGAAUGUGUCAAAUCUGCAAAAAAUUAUUGUUUUCUUGAGAGCAAAGUUGAAGGAGGACCUUUUCAAAAAAAGCUCAUACGCUGAAAAGUACCCAGGCUUGUUAAAUCCGCAGCAGGACGUAAAUCUAUUUCAAGUAAAAAGUUACUCAAGAAAACAACAAACAACAGCUGUUACGUUUGCUAAUGCACCAGACAUAUGGGGAAAUAACGCUUUAGGCGGCGUGACAUAUGUGCUUCCACCACACUAUGCAACAAUAACAGGAUGCAGAAAGCUCAUGGCUUAUAUCAACGCUAAGACCAAAGAAAACACAUCAAAAUCUGAUAAUAUCAAUCUGAAUCUAUUGAUGAGAAAAAAUCCAAUUUUCAAAGAGCAAAUGUUUCUCUUAAUGGAGAGGUUUAAUUCGCUGUUUCUGUAUUCAAUGCUUCUGUCAAACGAGGGGCCGGAGCGAGUAGGGAAACUGGCAGUGCCGGAAAAUAAACAGAAGACUGAUACAAUUAAAGCUCCGCUUAAUAUGCUGUCUAGUGUUAGCAUUCCAGGUCCAUCCAAACCUUUCAGAAGCAGAGUUAAAUCAGAUUCUCAAAGUGACACAAAUAUGAGUAUAGACUUGGAGCCUGACAAUGAUCUGACUGAUAAAUGUUGCGUCCAGAGAGUUGUUGUGGAUGAUGUGGUCAGAUUUAUUGAUGUAGAUGGUUCUAGGUCACAGAGAAAAAGAAAGAGGCAGUAUGUGUGCUCUUAUGAUUAA